AAUUGCUGCAACAUCGUGGGUCGUCCCAUCAUCCUCUCUGUGUUGCUUCCGCCUUCCAAAAAUAUAAAAUUUAUACGAUUUUCCCCUUGAAAUUUCUUUGAUUUUGUACAUGGUAGCAGCAAAAACUACAGGAAUCCGGGAAUUUGUAGGGACAUUCAAAUGGUUCUCUGUGAAUUCGUGUGACAGGAGAGAACUGGGAUUUUAGAUCGAUAAAUUCUAAUCAAGCGCGCGGCCCCCCUCCCCACCAAUAUGGCGACGAAUGACGUGACCCGGAGUGAGUCGCCUGCGGCUAGUGAGACUUCCGCCACCGCUGCUGUCCAGCCGUCCGUCGACCUUUCCCAGUUCAACGAGGCCGAGCGACAGCAGCUGCUGGCCGUAAUGGCGCGGGCCAAGGAGCUGGAGCUGUCCGAGCAGGAAGGGUUGAAGCGACCGUUCGAGGGACAGCUAAGCAAAUACACCAACGUUAUGAAAGGCUGGCAGUACAGGCAACCAUAUCAAGGCCAGCUGGCCAAAUAUACCAACCUCAUAACUGGAUGGCAAUAUAGGUGGUUUGUACUUGACCCAGACUCGGGUGUUCUUGACUAUUAUGUAAAUGAGGAGAGUAAGAAGCAGAGGCCGCGGGGUUCGCUGCAGCUGGCGGGAUCGGUGAUGUCACCCAGCGACGAGGAUUCUCACACGUUCAGUAUCAACGCUGCCAAUGGCGAAGUGUACAGGUUACGUGCAUUUGAUGCUAAAGAGCGGCAGCAGUGGGUGAAUCGACUGCGCUCAGUUGCUCAAUAUCACACAGAAACGUUGGCUCAGAGUUUACCUCCACCCCAUCCAAGGUCACAUUCAAUAUCCAACUCCAGUUCCACCCCAAGCUCCACCAAGAGUGCUCCCACCACUCCCAUCUCAACUGCCUCCAAACGGGCUGUCAGCCGGACCCAGUCCCAGCCCCCCAACACCGCCCCCGUCAUCCACACCACGCCUCACAAGAAGACUCCUCCUGCGGCGCCGCCUGUCCACGAACCACAGGCCUUCCAGAACGUACGGGAGGUCCUCCACCAGGCAGAGCAGCAACAGGUUUCCCUAUCCAGGGUGAUUGAGGGGCUGCCCACAGCGACUCAGGGUGUCCGCAGCCUGGACCAUGAUCUGUUGUUACUGAAAGCGACGUCACAAACCACAAUGCAAUGUCUAGGGCAGUGUUUUGCCAUCUUACAGCACUCGCACAUGGCUGAGACCAAGACACCAUCCUUACCAAAAGGUGCCACAAUAGAAUGGUUGGAGCCUAGGUCCCCCCCAAACGCCACCCCUCCCUCCUCCAGGAAAAAGCUCCCCAAAUCGUCCUCCUUCCCGUCCAACAUGUCGGCAAACCAGGACAUCUGCUUCGGGUCGGGCAUGCUGGAAGUCUACGACAUCAACCACGACAACGAGGUCAUGGAUGACAUAGAUCAGGAUGAGGCAGAUCUAGGAACUGUGGAGGAGCAUAAGAGCAUUAUUCUGCACCUUCUGUCUCAGCUCAAACUGGGCAUGGAUCUCACAAGGGUUGUGCUGCCAACGUUUAUCCUGGAGAAACGAUCACUUCUGGAGAUGUAUGCAGACUUUAUGGCCCAUCCGGACCUGUUCCUGUGUAUCCCGGAGGCUGAGAGCCCAGAGGACAGGAUGAUGGCCAUGGUGGAGUACUACCUCACAGCCUUCCAUGUUGGAAGGAAAGGUUCUCUUGCCAAAAAACCGUACAAUCCAAUCAUUGGAGAAGUGUUCCACUGUUCCUGGGACAUUCCCACCACUCAGCCCUGCAAUAGCCAAUCAGAAACAGCCACCUCAAGUAACAGCCAAUCAGAGACAAGCACCUCUCCUAACAACCAAUCAGAAGAAAAUGGUGGAUACCAUAGAGUGGUCUUUACCGCUGAACAGGUAUCCCACCAUCCUCCAGUUUCAGCCUUCUAUGCUGAAUGCAAAGAGAAGAAUGUCUCCAUGAAUGCCCAUAUAUGGACCAAAUCCAAGUUCAUGGGGAUGUCCAUCGGAGUGGUGAACGUUGGUGAGGGGGUGGUUCAUGACGUAACUCAUGGGGAGGAGUACACUUUCACUCUACCCAGUGCCUAUGCCAGGUCGAUCCUGACUGUGCCAUGGGUUGAGUUGGGAGGGAAGAUCAAUAUCACGUGUGCCAAGACAGGCUGGCAGGCCGGGAUCACAUUCCACACCAAGCCCUUCUACGGAGGAAAACUACACCACAUCUCGGGAGAGGUCAAACACCAGCCCACCAAUAGGGUCAUCUGUAAGAUACAGGGAGAAUGGAACGGGUCCAUAGAGUUCACCUACUGCAAUGGCUACAGGGGCAACGACACCAAGGUCAUUGACACAGCCAAGCUGUCCAAGAUCAGGAAGAAGGUUCGGCCAAUCAACAUGCAGGGCGAAUUCGAGUCCAGGAACCUAUGGCAGAACGUGACUGCUGCCCUGAAGUCCAAUGACAUUGAGCGAGCCACCGAGCACAAACGGUUCCUGGAAGAGCGACAGCGGAAAGAGGAGCGAGCGCGGGAGGAGCACAGAAUAGCCUGGCACACCAAGCUGUUCCACAGGAAGGGCGAGGGCUGGGUCCACAAUAACCUCCUGGAGGCCUCUCAGUGAUGUUUUCUGGCUUAACGUUAGUUCACCUUUAUCCGCGGGGUAACCUAUAUCCGUUGUGUUGCUAACUAGGGUAUCCAGAAAGGGUAUCAAGGUAUCAAGUCGAUGGACGGUAGUUUCAAAUUGUACUAUUUUCAAAAUAUUGCAGUUUGAAACCACCAUCUGUCGACUUGACAUCCCUAAAUACAUUGUUCUUAAAAAGGAACGGAUAAAGGUUACCCUACGGAUAAAGGUGAACUAGGUGAACCCUUUCCAUCCUGAUGUAACCUUUUGGUGGCAAAUCUGUAUUGGACACAGGUUAAGGCAGCAGGGAGUGGGUUAAUCAUUAAAAACAAUGAUUGCACUUUUAUCAGGAUGUGUCAUGUGAUUUAGGUUUGCAUUUUGGAUCAAUUGUCAGAACUGGUUAUAUAAGGACUGGUUGUAUUGAAUAUAACUCUGGGAAGUUUGUCAUAAAGGCUCCAAAGUUUUUCCAUUUCCGAAUGAUGUAACUUACUCGGCUGUAUGUAAUACUACAAGUCAUCAGCACAUGCCGUACACUGAGUCAUUUGGGCUUGGUCUUAGAUGGGAAGAGCGAACCAUUUGACAUUAUAUGUGGUGCCAUUUUUUCAUGGUGUUAAAUUCCCUACCAAGUUGGGAUCUUUUCAAUUUUUCCAGCCAGACAGUCUCCAAGCAGAUGUUAGGAGGGAGAAGUAAUAAUGUAACAAUAUAACAAAUAUGACAUAUUUUCAAUGGUCAAGCCAGUUGGAAACAAAGCAGUCUGAAAAUUGUGAUCCUUUCACUUGACCAUGCUUAGGGCAUGAUGAACACACACAAAAAAACUGACAACCAAGUUCUGAAAAAGGCCUGCAGAAAAUGUGUACAGAAAUGGUCUACAUUUAGGUUUUACACCUUUGAUUGUUUAUGUGUAGUAAAGGAACAGUACAAUUGAUACUGUGUAAUGAUUUGGACCACUUAGCAGACUAUUACAGUCAGGCAAUGACUACUAUGAUGACUCAG